AUGGCCUCGAGAGCCGCCAAAAAAGCCGCGAAGAAGGCCCAAGCAGCCUCUGAAUUCUACGAUGGCGAAGACUUUGUAGAGCCAGUGUCUCUACCGACUUCAUUUCGAUUCUUCGAUUUGCCAUCCGAGAUCCGACUGAACAUCUACCAUUUUGUUCUUUUCACGCCGACGAAGAAGACCGCAAAGAAGAACGCUGGUACCGUCGGUGCCUCCGCGAAAAAGGCCAAGCUUGUAGCUCCGGCCACACAGCGCAUAGCUCUCUUCCUGGUCUCAAGACGUGUCCAUGAAGAAGCGAGUCAUUAUUUCUAUUCGUCCCAAAUUUUCCGGGUCUUCUACAUACAAGACUUUUCGCGCCGACCAACCCUCCGAGGCAUACCCCCGUGCUACCGUCCUUUGAUCACCACCAUUGAAUUGAUUCUGGGAAAUAGCUGGACAGCACCACCGAAAUCAUGGGCCGUUGAUGAUAAAAUGGGAUUGCCUGAGAUGACUCUCUUGCACACAUUAAGGGUGUUUGUCGAGUGUGAUCCCUCGCAGCCCAUCUUUGAAGGCUUCCGGGUUUCGAAGGAAUACUAUACCGAAUUCUCUGGAAGAUUGAUCAAAGAGAUUCUGGAUCGACUGCCAGCUUUGAAAUUCGUGGAAUUCGACGCAUAUCCGUCUGUUAAGAGGGACGGCUCUCUGAUGACCCGAUUGAUGAAAGAGGCUCGAGCAGCCAACAAGAAAAUUAUUUGGGGCCCAGAAAGGGGAUGGACAGACGACGAUGAUGUUGGUUAUGUCCAUAUUGAGGAUCCGAUUCCAGUCCCGGAUUACCUGCCCUCAUACACGCCUGAUCCCGUUGAUGAGUUGGAAAACAGGAUUCAGGAACUGGCUCUUGGAGUGAGGUCCUAA